UUGCCUUUUCUUGAGGCGCGCCCCGCACCGCCAGAGACGAACCUGGAAGUCGAGACGCGUGCCCACGCGUACGUGCUCAAGACCAAGUUACCCGGCUUCUCGCUGGACUGCAUCACGCUCGCAGCCAAGCACCACCGCACCCUGCAUAUUGUUGCGGACAAGUGGGAUGCCGAAUCCGGUGGCCACUUCGAGCGACGCGUUACAUUCGGCCUCGAUGCAGAUAUGCGCAAGGUCAAGGCACAAUUCGAUGGAGAGAUCCUGUUGAUUCAAAUUCCCCGCCGC